UAUGCAUGAUUGCUAGGAUCAAUCCAGAAAUGUGGUCAAGUCAUGGCUCCUUCCUCCCCUCCCCUCCUUUUGUGCCUGGCCUUGCCUUCUCUCUGAACAGGGACGUGGUCUGUUUGCGAUUGCGAUUGUGAUCUGGACGCAGACAUGCACACACUAACCCUAGUUUAGCAACAGCAAGAGCUAGCUAGAACUUCGAAGCUUUUCUUGGCGCCAAACUUCGGCAAAGGAGUGAGCGGAACCAUGUCUCACCGACGGAUAGCGUUACUACUUCUAUUCCUGGCGCUCGCCGCAGCGUCGUUCGUCGAGCGAGUAGAGUCGCGGUUAACUCCACGGGAAGCAGCGCGCCUUAGAGAGGGCAAGGCGGCUCUAGAACGGCUGGGCCUCGUCAUCGGCAGGAGUGACGGCGGGAGUGACGAUAUCCACCCUUCCACUGCAACAGUUGCUGCUGCUGCGUCGGACAGAGCCACUGCGACUGUUGCGGCUGUUGCAUCCGACACAAGCAGCGCGAGCAACGGAGAUCGCAUCCGCACUCCAAGUAACCGCCAAGCGACGGCAGCAGUAGCUGCAGCAGCGUCCGACCCUACAGGCGCGAGCACCGCCAGCAGCAUUCGCAUCAGCAUCGGCACGAGCAAGUGCUGGUGGUGCUGGGGAGGGGGCGGGGGCGGAUCGACCAAGAAGUCAACAGGCGGAUCGACCAUAGGGUUCAUGAGGCCGUACAGUGGCAGGGUCCCCAGCUACGCGGCCAAGUCCGUGUCGUUCAAGGGCGGCGCAGUGAUGUCGCAGCCGCUGGAGGUGUAUUUGAUCUGGCAUGGCACGUGGCCGGCGUCGCAGAAGACGCCGAUCCAGAAGUUUGUGGACUCCAUUUCCGAGGCGACGCUGGCCAACAAACCUGGCAGCGUCAAGGACUGGUGGAACAUCAACCGCCUCUACAAGUCCGGCGCCACCUUCGUCACGCCCACCGUCUCCCGCAGCAACACAGAGAUCGAUGUGGCAGCCGCCUCAGCUGCCUCGGGCCAGACGCCCCUGAAGAAGGCCGACCUCCUAGCGCUCAUCAACUUCCAGAUCCUCUCGGGGUCGCUGCCGCGAAUCAGCAGCGCUGUCUACGUCAUCCUCACCUCCUCUGACGUGGAUGUGGAUGGCUUCGGCUCCGACUUCUGCGCUUUCCAUGAUGCCAGCGGGAGCAUCAAGUGGGCGUGGGUCGGCAUGCCCGAUCGGUUUCUCGCCCGGUGCACGCACGCAGUGGCAGCAGGCCUCGAGUACCCCAACGGGGACCGGAUCCUGGACGGAGCAAUCUCCAACUUUGCCCACGUGCUUUCCGAGACCGUGGUUAACCCGAAACCAGGGGCCACGUGGGCCGACGAUGCGGGCAACGAGAAUGUGGAUCUGUGCGCGGACAUCUGGGGCACAGAAUACCUCACGGACGACAGCCCCGCUGUACAAUACAACACAGUGGGUGUAGACGACUAUAAGUUUUUUCUUCCGACGAUUUUAAAUCCGAGCACUGGCUUCUGCAUGAAUGGGCUGUCGGUGCUCCCUGGUGUGUGCGGGACCAAGUUGUUUAACUACCCGUGUGAUACGGGUGGGGUUUAGGGGACUAGCUAGAGAGCAUUGAAUGCAACGAGCUUUCUCGUUCCAUCAUCUACGCUACCGCCUUGACACUUGGUUGGUUCAGAUCAGAUGGGUUGCACUGUGCUGUGCCGUGCUGUGCUGUGCUGUGCACGGCUGGGGUGCACAAAUUCGUUGGGGAUAUCGUACUACUGGUUUGAGCGUCAAUCCAGUCCAGCAUCCUCGGUUCAUUAUGUUGUGUGCCAUACUUGACUUGAUGCUUUGGUCGCCGUUGCGUGCUCUUGAGUCGACUCAAAAGCGGACACCGUACUAGUUUGAGCAUCCACUCCAGUCCAGCAUCUAUGGUAGAUUUGUCAAACAUGUUUAUUGAUCAUGUUUGUAUAGACUGUAUAGGGUAACCUCCUAGAGGGUACAACAUUUAGGUAUCUGUGCAUGUACUCUCUAACUCUAGUCGUUGCUAUCUGCACAAUUGCUGUUCGUCAUUCGUCCGUUUUGUUCUUCCUUCCUUCCUUCCCUCCCAUCCCCUCCUCUCCACU